AAAUGGGCAUGGUCAUAGAUUGGCUUCAACGUGAACGUGUGAGGCUUAUACAAAAACGCCAAGCUAGGCAAGCUGAGGGCAUACCAUUAGUAAGGAAAAGGAAGCGGGGAGACAACGAUUCCCAAAGACAUUCAAGGAGGACAAACGUUGAGGGUGACAAAACCUUCAGGGCGCAGACACUAUCACUUGAGUGGAGUCGAGGCUUGGGUGGCCCGAACUCGAGGUCAAAAGGUCCGAGGGUACCUAAGUGCAACAAUUGCAAGAAACACCACUCGGGUAAGUGUCAGGACCCUCCCAGGUGCUAUCAAUGCACAGAGGUCGGGCACACGAGAGUGAGUUGCCCACAAAUUGUGCAAAACCAAACUUCGGGGUCAAGUGGUGGAACUACAAGAAAUGAAAACCAAACUGAGGUUUCUCAAGGGAGCAGGGGACAUGGGGGAGCAAGCACGAGCAACGCGCCAUCCGUGAACCAAGGAAGGACCCAAGCUAGGGUCUAUGCGAUGACGGAGGCGGAUGCUCAAGCUAACCUGGAUUCCGUUGAAGGUAGUACCUCUUGUAUACUUGUUUUUAUCCUUAAUUAGUCCAUAAAUUGAGGUUGCUAGUCGUUGGGAUCAUUGUACGAAGCUUUGGGGUCAAACGGAGCGAAAUCGGGCGAAAGACGGCUGAUUUCCGCCAACGCACACCAGGCCGGACCAUACGCACGGCCGUGCGUUGGUCCGUGCGUUGGUGGCAGUAGCAACCGGGAAGAAAUUGCUAUACGCACGGCCGUGCGUUGUCCGUGCGUUGGUCCGUGCGUUGGUGGCAGUAGCCACCGGGAAGAAAUUGCUAUACGCACGGACGUGCGUUGUCCGUGCGUUGGUCCGUGCGUUGGUGGCAGUAGCUCCGUUUUGAGGUUAUAAGACACGCACGCCGUGCGUACCUCCUAGGCACGCCGUGCGUACCUCCUGGGCAGCCCAAAGUCGACUUUUUCGCGCCGUAUUGCAACGUUAAGACCCGUUCUUGACCCCAAACAUGUGUGUGAACAUAAUAAACCUCUCUAAAUGUAUAAGAAUGGUAGGAAAGGUAUCUCACAUGACAUAAAUGUAGGGACACUAAAGAUUAAUGGGAAGGAUGCGCGAAUCCUUAUCGAUAUCGGGGCGCAACGUUCAUUUGUGAAUGAAGCGUUCGCCAAGAGGUUGGGGGUGCAAUCCGCACCAUUGAUGCAAACCUUAGUGGUAUCAACACCACUAGGAGAUGACGUGGAAAGAACUUGUUAUUAUCCAUCUUGUGGGGUGGAGGUUAAUGGUCAAGCCUUGACGUGUGACUUCGUACCGCUGGGCAUGAUUGAAUUCGAUGCAAUCCUAGGGAUGGAUUGGCUAGAAAGGAACCAUGCUAGGGUAGAUUGCUACACGAAGGUUCUUGAACUCGAAGGCAAUGAUGGGGAGACCCUACUCUUCGAGGGCGAUCGAGGGAGAUCAAAUAGCUGUAUCAUAUCCGCCGUGAGAGCGAGAAGUAUGAUGAGAAAGGGAUGCCACGCAUAUCUAGCAUACGUGGUUGACAAAACCAAAGAGGAAACGAACAUCGAUGAUGUGAGGGUGGUUUUGAUGAGCUAGAAUUUGUGCUUCAUUUUCAUAUUACUUUAUUACAAUUCUAAGCUCAUUAUUUGCCUAAUUGAGAGGCUCGAGUUAUAUUUUGUAUUAAAAAUGAUUUUUACAGGUGAGAACUUUAAGUUGAAGAAUUUGAGGAUUUUUGGAUGGAUUUGUGGAGAUUUUUCCUUUUCCAAGGGCUGUUGAAAAGUUGAAAGAAAGUGAGCAUUUUUUUAAUGAAAAAGGAUUCCUGUGCAGCAAAAUAGAAAAAAAGGAAAAAGAGGAUUACUCCUCAUUAUUUACUCGGCAGCAAUCGCUCAGACCAGUCGGGGGAGAGCUAAAGCAGUCCAGUGGCGCACAAGGGAAAAGGAUCCGAUCCAAAUUAAAAGAGGGCAGUUAUCUCAGUCUUAAACUCACACACCUGCAACCCAAAUCCGGAAAGAAAAGAAGGAACAAAGGGCCCAAGAACAGUACGGAAUGCAGCGAGAGAGGAACUCCGGGUUUCAUUAGUUCGAACGGCACCGAAAAUUGAGGGGCUAGCGUGUACAGCGGCAAACUGAUGAAACGGCUGUGCUCUUUCGCUAUAAAAAAACGCAGCAGUGAUUCUUCUUGGAGGACGUUGGAGGUCGGGGAUUCUGAUCGGGCACUAAACAGAGAAAAGGGCCAGACCGGAAGCUGGAAGGAAGGAUCGUUACCUUGUCUAGUUGGCUGGAUUCCAGAAAUAAGAACAGCAACAGCAAGUCUUGGAGAAAAUUCAGCAAUAGCUACACUGGUUUGCUGAUAUGAAAUCCAAUUUUCUUCUAUUUUUGCUGUGCAUUCGAUUCGUAUAAUGUCUAGUUUUACUUAUGGAGUACCAAAAGUACUCUGCUUUUUCCUAGAACUGUGAAUCGUGCUUGAUGGCCAGAACAAAUUGCUUUAUUCACAUUGUUUUAGUGAAUAACUUUAUUGUUAUGAGUAGCUAAAUUCUUUAAGUCCGGAUUAUGAUGAAGUUGCUAUGAUUUAGUAUAAAAUUGUGAUUUUAGUUAUGUUAAUUGAUUGAGUUUUAUCCAUUAUUCUUAUUCGCUUAAUUUGUUGUGUUAACUUCUGGCCAAUUUUAACAUGAUUGAUUGAGUUGUUUGAGUGGAUUAAUAGAGUACAUGUCAUGCCUAUUAGUUCGAGCUCUUUUGGAUAAAAGAAUAGAUAAUUUGGCUGUCUUGUUAGGUUGUCUAUUUGGUUCUUAAAUCGGGUUUCCAUAGUUCUUUUGUGAUUAAUGGAUUUUAACUAUCGAAUUAAUAAUUUCCUGUUAAUUAAUAGUUAAAGUACGUGACUUAUUCUGGACGCCAUACGGAAUAGUCAUAAUUUUGCCUAGAACGAACCCUCAAUUCUAAUUGACUAACUAAAUCACAAAUACUAAAAAUUAGCGACAGAUUCAUAAUCCUGGACUAUCUUUUCUCUUGCUUAAUUCUCAAUCAAUUUCACAUUAUUUGUUUAAUUACUUUAUUUUUGUCCAAUUAAAUCCCUUGCAUUCAUUUUAAUUCAAUCUUUACUUUGUCAGUUUAAAACCAAACAAGUUUAAAACUCAUUUUAUUUAGUUAGGUUAAUUUCACUUUUAUUUUUAUUAAUUAAUAGUUUUCCAAUUACUUGGUUGCAUUUUCCCCGUGGAUUCGACCCUUACUUGAGCACUGUACUACCGCGACUCGUGCACUUGCGAGGACUUAUAAAUUGUCUAUCAAUUUUUGGCGCCGUUGCCGGGGAAUUUGUUUAACUAGUUUUUGGAAAAUUGUUAAUUUAGUUUUAUUUUAGUUAGUUGUGUUUGCUUUUCUUUUUUUCGUUUUUUUUUGUAUGCUUGGUCGCAGGUCACUUAAUCCAGAUUUGCUAUCGUUGAACGACCAAGUUGACUUAAUUGGCAAAAGAACAAAGAGGAGGCUCCGAUUUGUUCCUAAUCCAACAAUGGGUGACGCGCAGCUAAUGAAAGAGUUUGGGAGACCGACUGUAGGUGUCUCCCCGUCCUGCAUUGUACUAAGUGAGGCUGCCAGGAACUAUGAUCUAAAGACAGUUCACUUUAACCAAUUGCCAUCUUUUCAUGGGCUUUCUUCUGAGGAUGCGCUGAUCUUUAUCCGAGAUUUCUACGGCAUCAUCCAAAAUUUUCCCUUGCAAGGAGUGACUGAAGAUGAGCUGAGGAUGAGGUGCUUUCCGUACACUCUCAAAGAUGCUGCUAAGACAUGGUUUAUGUCUUUGACACCUGGUUCCCUGCGCACAUGGGCUGAUGUCUACAAUAAAUUCAUUGGCAAGUAUUAUUCUCAGUCAAAAACUUCAGAAUUAAGAAGAAAAAUUGCCAAUUUCACUCAAGCUGAAGGUGAGCCAUUCCAUGAGGCAUGGGAGAGAUUUAAGAUGCUGCUCACUCAAUGUCCACACCACGGUUAUUCAUUGGCGCUCCAGAAUCAGACUUUCUAUGACGGUUUAAAUCAAGGAUGCCAAGCUAUUGUUGACAACGCAGCUGGAGGAGCAAUGGGAGAGAAGACCGCAGAACAAACUUUAGAGCUUUUCGAGAUGCUUGGAGCCAAUUCGCAACAGAAGAGUGUGCAGGGCAGAACUCCAGGAAUUUAUGAAGUGGGCGUUGGGACAGAACUAGCCAUCCAGAUGUCUGAGUUGUCCAAACAGAUGAAGAAUAUGUGCUCCGUGAUGACAAUGAGCAUGUCUACUCCUGUUGUGCAUGCAGUACCUGAAGCUGGUUUUGAGCAAGCUCAUAUGAUGAACUCCUACAAUCAAGGGCCAGGAAAUGAUCCAUUCUCCAACUCUUACAAUCCCGGUUGGAGGAACCAUCCUAAUUUCUCAUGGAGUAACACACAACAAAGCAACCAGCCACCACCUUCACAGAAGAAGCCUGCUUUGGAGGAUACUUUGCAAACUUUCAUGCAAAUCUGCACCCAAAAUCAGCAAGCAAAUGAGCAGCGUUUUCAGCGCACCGAGGCCUCUUUGAGGAAGCUAGAAGUACAAGUUGGGCAGAUUGCUAAAUCUCUCCAAGGACACGUGCAAGGGAAGCUACCGAGCCACACUGAAGAAGCAAAUUUUGUCACAAUUCUUAGAAGUGGGAAGGUAAUUGAGAAAGAUGAAGCGCAGCCCAUUCUUAAGCCAUCGGAGAAGGUAGAAGCUGAAAAGAAAGAAGUUGAGGCUGAAUCAGUCCAUGAGGAGAUCGGGUUGCACAAAGCUGAAGAUCCAUAUGUGCCGCCUAAACCAUAUGUUCCACCCGUUCCUUUCCCAAACAGGUUAAAAAGUUCUAAGCUUAACAAUUCUUUUGAUGAGAUUUAUAAGUUGCUGUCUAAGGUUAAUGUGAAUUUGCCUCUUCUUGACAUGAUAAAAAACAUGCCUGCCUACGCUAAAUUUUUGAAAGAAUUGAGCACUAGAAAGCGUAGGUAUGAACCAAAUGAAAAAGUGUUUGUUUCUAAGGCUGUUAGUGAUGUUUUGCAAAAAGAAUUGCCCCCAAAAUUAGAAGACCCUGGCAGUUUUAUUAUCAAUAUUAAUUUAGGGAAUUCUAAAUCUGAGAAAGCAAUGCUUGAUUUGGGGGCAAGUAUUAAUUUGAUGCCUUAUUCCGUUUAUUUGAAAUUAGGGCUGAAUGAGCUAAAAUCCACUACUAUGUCCCUACAGCUCGCUGACCGGUCUAUUAGAUAUCCUAGGGGCAUUGUUGAGGAUGUUUUAGUUCAAGUGGAUAAGUUGAUCAUUCCUGCUGAUUUUGUGGUUUUAGAUAUGGAUGAUCGGUGCAAGUAUGUGAAAGACAUGCCAAUUUUACUUGGCAGACCUUUUAUGGCCACGACAAAAACCAUGAUUGAUGUUCAAAAUGGAAAAUUGACUAUGAGUGUGCUUGAUGAAACUGUUGAGUUUUCCAUUUUGAAAUCCAUGAGUAUGCCUGCCGAUUCUAAUUCAUGUUUUGCACUUGAUAUUCUUAAUCCGAGUGUCUCUCUAGACAAGUCACAGGAAGAUGGUCUUGAGAAUCAUGCUUUUGAGAAAGAGAAAGUUUGCAAGAAGUGCAUUAAUUGUUUGCAUCAAAAGUCCAUUUUGAGGAAGGAUUUUAAACCUGGAAUUAAAGUGUUAUUGCUUGACUCUCGUUUAAGAUUUCUUUCAGGAAAUUUAAAGUUUAAGUGGACUGGUCCGUAUGUGAUUCGCCAAGUUUUUCCCUAUGGUGCAAUUGAGCUUGAAAAUCCAAAAUCCGGGAAUAUUUUUAAAGUGAAUGGUGAGAGAGUGAGGAGCUAUUCAAGCAGUGAAGAUUCUUUUGAGCAAGUUGAGUGUCUUGAGCUUUGGGAAUACCAUUGCUCAUGUUGUUUCUAGUCACAAUUUCUCAGCCAAAAAAAAAAAAUUAUAAAAAAAAAUCAUUAUCUUAAUUCUGUUUUCCCCCUCCCCAUCCUGUCUUUUCUUUCUUUGUUUCUUUGUGUUUUGCAGGUUUUAUUUCAAGAGGUUACUGUUUUCGUUUGAAGUGCAUUCAGGGAGUAUCUUUUUCUUUUUCUUUUUUAUUAAUCAUUCAUUGUGCAUAAUGCUUGAAAUAAGUGUGGGGGAGGAGUAGCUCUCAAUUUUUUUAGUUCUAUCUUAGUUUAAAAAAAAAAACAGAAAACUGCAGAAAAAAAUUCAGAAAAAAAACUGUUUUUCUUGCUUGGAUUUGAGGGAAAUGUAAUUUCAGGAUUACUUUUUGGUUUCAAGUUGUGAAAGUUUCCCUUUCAUUGGUAUGUGGUAUGAUUGGUGGUUUCCAUGAUAGAUAUUCUCUUGAAUUUGAUUGAGUUCUUCACAUUGUUUUUACUUGGAGUCAAUUUCUUAGCUUCUUGUGUCAUUAAUUUUGAUGUACUUUUCAAUUCUUUAUGAUCUUUUAGGAUGCAUCUUGAACGUUCUUGGAAAGAGUGUGAGUCCUUUGACUUUUAGCUAGCAUGAUAGAACUUGUCUUGUUGCUCUUUUGGAAGCUAAGUUAUAGUGCAAAUUGAUUGAGAAGUGAUCUAGGCCAUUUUUCAUAACCCGAGACUUUUAGCCUACCCUUUGCAUUUUAUUUCCACUUGCUACCCCUUUGAGCCUACUUGGUCUUAUAGCAUUCUACCGUGCUUUUGACUAGUAUUUUUUUUUUUUUUUGUAAUUACCCAUCAUUAUUAACCCCGAACCCUAAUUAGACAAAAUUAUCCCUCACCCUUGAGUUGACAUUUUUUUUACUUAAAUUGUGACUUGGAAGAGUUUACAAUUUUUUUGGAGCAUUUUUUUUCCCGGCAGUUUGUAUAGAUGUAAUAUUGUUAGAGCAGUUUGAUAUUUCUUUUUAGAAGUAGUGUUGAUGUAGCAUUCAAAAAAAAAAUUGAAAAAAAAAAAAGAAAAGAAAAAAAAAGAAAAGAAAAAAAAGCGGAAAAAGAAAAAAGGAAAAAAAAAAAGUGAAAAAAAAGAAAAGACAAAAAAAGAGAGAAAAAAAGAUGAGUUCAGUUGAAGUUUGUAUUCUUUUCACUUUUUGUAUGUACUUCAUUGUCUUAGAAGCCGGUUGAUUGUUGUAAUAGUUUUUUUGUGCUCCGUUACCAUGUUUUUGAACUCUUCCUAGGAUCAAUUUGGUUUAGAAAAUGUCUCCUCUUUUGUUUUGUUUUGAACUCCAUGUCCUUUCUUUCAUUAAACCAUUACCCAUGGUCAUGUUACAACCCGAAUAAAAGUCCUAAGUGAUCUUGAUCAAGUUUGUGCUUUGAUAAGGUGGAAGGAGGAGCAUAAGAUGACUAUAGAGUGUUAACUGAUUGGCUUAGGGCUUUGCACAAUUUCUGUGAGAGUUACUUGAGUGUCUCACUAGGUCAUUUAGAAUUGUAAAAUACAUCUCUAUUAAUGACAUGUGAGUCUCAGUAAUUGACUUUUGAGUUGGGCUUUGUGGUGGAUACUUGAUUCGAAUUUCUUGGGGAAAAUUUGUCAUGGAUGGGAAUGUUGGUAUGCUUGGUGAGUGAAAGGGGACUUUGAUCACUUGUAGCUGAUUUGGUUUCUUGAUAUUAAUUUUCCUUGAGGACAAGCAAAAUGUAAGUGUGGGGGAGUUUGAUGAGCUAGAAUUUGUGCUUCAUUUUCAUAUUACUUUAUUACAAUUCUAAGCUCAUUAUUUGCCUAAUUGAGAGGCUCGAGUUAUAUUUUGUAUUAAAAAUGAUUUUUACAGGUGAGAACUUUAAGUUGAAGAAUUUGAGGAUUUUUGGAUGGAUUUGUGGAGAUUUUUCCUUUUCCAAGGGCUGUUGAAAAGUUGAAAGAAAGUGAGCAUUUUUUUAAUGAAAAAGGAUUCCUGUGCAGCAAAAUAGAAAAAAAGGAAAAAGAGGAUUACUCCUCAUUAUUUACUCGGCAGCAAUCGCUCAGACCAGUCGGGGGAGAGCUAAAGCAGUCCAGUGGCGCACAAGGGAAAAGGAUCCGAUCCAAAUUAAAAGAGGGCAGUUAUCUCAGUCUUAAACUCACACACCUGCAACCCAAAUCCGGAAAGAAAAGAAGGAACAAAGGGCCCAAGAACAGUACGGAAUGCAGCGAGAGAGGAACUCCGGGUUUCAUUAGUUCGAACGGCACCGAAAAUUGAGGGGCUAGCGUGUACAGCGGCAAACUGAUGAAACGGCUGUGCUCUUUCGCUAUAAAAAAACGCAGCAGUGAUUCUUCUUGGAGGACGUUGGAGGUCGGGGAUUCUGAUCGGGCACUAAACAGAGAAAAGGGCCAGACCGGAAGCUGGAAGGAAGGAUCGUUACCUUGUCUAGUUGGCUGGAUUCCAGAAAUAAGAACAGCAACAGCAAGUCUUGGAGAAAAUUCAGCAAUAGCUACACUGGUUUGCUGAUAUGAAAUCCAAUUUUCUUCUAUUUUUGCUGUGCAUUCGAUUCGUAUAAUGUCUAGUUUUACUUAUGGAGUACCAAAAGUACUCUGCUUUUUCCUAGAACUGUGAAUCGUGCUUGAUGGCCAGAACAAAUUGCUUUAUUCACAUUGUUUUAGUGAAUAACUUUAUUGUUAUGAGUAGCUAAAUUCUUUAAGUCCGGAUUAUGAUGAAGUUGC